AUGCCAAUUGGUGAUUACGAAUUACAUAAAGAAAUUGGAAAGGGUGCAUUUUCAGUAGUUUUCUUAGUUACAGAAAAAAAAACUAAAAAACAAUGGGCAAUGAAAAUAAUAGAUAAAAAGUCCUCUUCAAAAGGAGCAUUAGAAACCGAAAUCGAAAUUAUGAAAAAAGUUGAACAUCCAAAUAUUGUUAAAAUGCAUGAAUAUUUCGAAUCAACAGAUAAAAUAUAUUUAGUUGUCGAAUUAGUUACAGGUGGACCAUUGUUUGAUAGAAUUGUCGAUAAAAAAUCAUUUAGCGAAAAAGAAGCAAAGUUAGUUACCAAACAAUUAUUAGAAUCAUUAAAAUAUUUACACUCAAUUGGUAUUGUUCACAGAGAUUUAAAACCAGAGAACCUUUUAUUAAAAACACCAACAGAUUUAAAUAUUGCUCUUUCAGAUUUUGGUCUUUCUAAAAUUUUAUCAGACGAAGUUUUUAUGAAAACUACUUGUGGCACACCAAGUUAUGUUGCACCCGAAGUUUUAAAUAAUAUCACAAAUACUCCUUCUGCAUAUAGUGAAGCAGUCGAUAUGUGGGGUGUUGGUGUUAUAACUUAUAUUUUAUUAUGUGGUUUCCCACCAUUUUAUAGUGAAGAUAUUAGAAAACUUUUUGAAUCAAUUUUAUCAGCAAAUUAUGAUUUCCCAGCAGAAUAUUGGGGAAGUAUUAGUAAAGAAGCAAAACAUUUUAUUAACUGUCUUUUAACUGUUGAACCAUCAAAGAGAUAUAGUGCAGCUCAAGCUCUCGAACAUCCAUGGAUUGUCGAUGGUAACCAAUCUGAACCAUUACCACAUUGGAAUGACCAAAUUAAAAAAUACAUGGUUAUUAGAAGAAAAGAAAGUCAAAAAUUUGGUGCUGAACUAAUUUGGAAACCAAUUCAAGCUGUCAAAAAACCAGGUGAAAAACAAAAUUAAAUUUAUAAAUAACACCUCCAAAAAAAAAAAAAAAAAAAAAAAAAAAAAUCAAAUAAUAGUAAUAUUAUAAUUUAUGUAAAUAAAAUAAAUAUUUUCAUUAAAAGCUAUGGUUUUUAAAAAUCUGU